AUAACAUAGCCGCAGAGCUGGAAGCUAACCUGGGACAGCUGGAGGAGAUCACCGGCUACCUGACUGUACGACACUCAUACGCCCUAGUCUCUCUAUCUUUCCUUCGCAAGCUCCGAAUCAUCCAUGGAGAGACACAGGAAGUCGGAAAUUAUUCUUUCUACGCCCUCGAUAACCAGAACCUGCGUCAGUUGUGGGACUGGUCCAAACACAACCUGACCAUCAAGCAGGGUCGCAUGUUUUUCCAUCAUAAUUCUAAACUCUGCAUGUCAGAGAUCCGGAAGAUGGAGGAGGUGACGGGCACUAAGAACCGGCAAACAAAGAAUGACAUUGUCUCAAAGACCAAUGGAGAUCAGGCUUCAUGUGAGAGCCAGGUUUUGAAAUUCACGCAGAUUCGCACACUUGCUGACAAGAUCAUAAUUAAAUGGGAGCCUUUCUGGCCACCUGAUUUUCGAGACCUCCUCGGAUUCAUGGUUUUAUACAAAGAGGCGCCAUAUAAGAACGUGACUGAGUUUGACGGUCAGGAUGCAUGUGGCUCUAACAGCUGGGUCAUAGCAGAUGUAGACCCUCCACCUCGCGCCACAGAUGGAAAGGAACAGCAAGAGCCCGGGUACCUCAUCCUCCCUUUGAAGCCGUGGACACAGUACGCCAUCAUGGUCAAAACCCAGCUCUCCGCUUCUGAUGAACACCAAGUUCAUGGAGCAAAGAGCGAAAUUAUCUAUGUCCGCACCAAUGCUACCAAACCCUCUGUGCCACUGGAUCCAAUAUCCUCAUCAAACUCCUCAUCUCAGAUCAUUCUGAAGUGGAAGCCUCCUAACGAUCCAAAUGGAAACAUCACACACUACCUUGUCUUCUGCCAGCAGCAACCAGAAGCCAGCGAGCUCUAUAAGUUUGAUUAUUGUCAGAAAGGUAUGAAGCUGCCCACCAGAGCCCCUACACAAGUGGACAGUGAAGAAGAACAGAAGUGGAACCAAACCGAAGAGCAGGGCCAAGAUAGCCGCUGCUGCGCUUGCCCCAAAACAGAGAAACAGCUAAAAAAAGAGGCGGAAGAGACAGAGUACCGCAAAACCUUUGAGAACUACCUCCAUAAUGAAGUCUUUGAGCUCAGGUAAAUGUUCUGUAAACUA